UCUUCCUCCUCCUCUCUCCCUCCUCUUUCUCCUCCUCUCUUCCACCUCCUCCUCUCACUCCUCUCACGCCUCUUCCUCCUUGUCCUCCUCUUCCUCCUCCUCUCACUCCUCUCCCUCUUUUCCUCCUCUCCCUCCUCGUCUUUCACUCCUCUCUCCUUUCCCUCUCUCAUUCCCCUCUCUUUCUCUGUCUCAUUCUCUCUUUCUCAGGUGAGUCGCUGCCGUUGGCAACGUCCAAUCAGGUUCUGAUCCGAUUCACCUCCAAAGGCCAAUCCAGCUCCAAAGGAUUCCACCUGGUGUAUCAAGCGGUGCCGAGGACCAGUGCCACCCAGUGCACUUCAGUCCCAGAGCCCAGGAACGGGCGGAGGAUGGGGAACAGCUUUGCUGUGGGAGCCGUGAUCCGCUUUGAGUGUUCCCCUGGAUACGUAUUGGAGGGAUCCCCCGCCAUAGAGUGUCUGACUGUCCCCAAUGCCCUGGCUAACUGGAACUCCUCCGUACCCAGCUGUAUAGUUCCAUGUGGAGGUAAUCUGACCCAGCGGACUGGCACCAUCCUGUCUCCGGGUUUUCCUGAGCCCUAUCUAAACAGCCUCAACUGCGUCUGGAAGAUCACGGUCCCGGAAGGAUCAGGAAUACAGAUCCAGGUGAUCAGUUUUGUGACUGAACAGAACUGGGAUUCUCUAGAGGUGUUUGAUGGAGGAGACAACAGUGACACCAUGCUGGGCAGCUUCUCAGGAACGACGGUCCCGGCUCUCCUGAACAGCACGUCCAACCAGCUCUACCUCCACUUCUUCUCUGACAUCAGCGUGUCUGCUGCCGGCUUCAGGCUGGAAUACAAGACGGUCUCUCUGACUAGUUGUCCAGAGCCAGUGGUUCCUAUGAAUGGUAUCAAGGUGGGAGAGAGACUCCAAAUGAACCACGUUGUGUCAUUCCAGUGUGAACCAGGAUACACGUUACAGGGAAACUCUCACAUCUCCUGCAUGCCAGGGACCGUCAGGCGAUGGAACUACCCACCUCCUCUCUGCAUCGCCCAAUGUGGAGGAAUCCAGGGGGAGAUGGAAGGCAUGAUCCUUAGCCCUGGUUUCCCUGGCAACUACCCUAGCAACAGUGACUGUACCUGGAGAAUCUACCUGGCUGUGGGAUACGGAGCCCACGUCCAGUUCUUAAACUUCUCCACCGAGGCCAACCAUGACUUCCUGGAGAUUCGGAACGGCCCCCUGGAUACCAGCACAGUGAUUGGUCGAUUUAGUGGACAGGAUGUCCCGCCCUCCCUGCUCACCACCUCCCACGAGACUACCGUGUAUUUCCAUAGCGACCACUCCCAGAACAGGCCAGGAUUCAGGUUUGAGUACCAGGCCUAUGAGCUUAAUGAGUGUCUGGACCCAGAGCCGUUCCGUUACGGUGUGGUGGUGGGGGCAGGCUACAACGUGGGCCAGUCCAUUUCCUUCGAGUGCCUCCCCGGCUACCAGCUAAUGGGACAUUCCAUCCUGACCUGCGAACACGGGACCACACGCAACUGGGACCGCCCCUUCCCUCGCUGUGAAGUGCCCUGUGGGGGUAACAUCACGUCAGACAACGGGACUAUCUUCUCUCCUGGUUAUCCGGAGGAGUACCCCAGCUCUGCUGACUGUUCCUGGCUGAUCACCGUAGCAACAGGCAUGGGUGUCAGACUCAACUUUACACUACUGCAGGUCCAUGGACCCCAUGACUUCAUCACUGUCUGGGACGGCCCCCAGUUGACAGCCAGGAAGCUAGGUGUGUUUAUGGAAGGAGAGCCCAACGAACCAGCCAGCAGCACGUCCAAUCAGAUCCUGGUGCGUUUCCGUAGCAACACAGAGAAAAGUGGACUAUUCCAAAUCAACUAUCAAGCAUAUAGACUCCAGUUCUGCCUGCCUCCCGCUAUCAUACCCAAUGCUGAGAUCUUAAUGGCCAGCAAGGAAUUUAAAAUUGGUGAGUCAACACAUAUACACACAAACACAGUAUUGUACAUCUAACCCUAACCCCUAACCCCGAACCCCUAACCCUAACCCACACAAACACGGUAUUGUACAUCUAACCCUAACCCCUAGCCUAAUCCUAACCCUAACCCCUAACCCCUAACCCCUAUCCCACACAAACACGGUAUUGUACAUCUAACCCUAACCCUAACCCUAAAACUAACCCUAGCUCCUAACCCUAAAACUAAACCUAUCCCUAGCUCCUAACCCUAACCAUAAACCCAUCCCUAGCUCCUAACCCUAACCCUAAAACUAACCCUAGCUCCUAACCCUAAAACUAACCCUAGCUCCUAACCCUAAACCUAACCCUAGCUCCUAACUCUAAACCUAACCCUAGCUCCUAACCCUAACCCUAGCUCCUAACCCUUAACCUAAUUCUAAAUCUAAUACUAAUUCUAACCUUAACGCUAAAAACCCCUAGAAAAAAGCAUUUGACAUCGUUGGGAUCAAAUUGU